GCGAUUGUUCACAUCGACGAAGGUGCUGUCUUUUCCUUCAGGCUUACAGACACAAUAUAUGUAAAAAAGUGUGGCGGUACUCUUCUGUAGGCUCAUACAUUCUUAUGAUAUCAAACGUAUAAAGUUCUUACCGGAACAAAACGCAAUUAUGUCUACCGGACCUCAACAUAAAUACCGAUAUAAAAACGUCGGCUUAGACUCUCAUGAGUUACGUCGACGACGAGAAGAAGAAGGUGUUCAACUUCGUAAACAAAAAAGAGAACAGCAACUAUCGAAAAGACGUAACGUACCAACUAUUGGUGCGGACGAAGCGAGUCUUCCUACUGCUGAGGACUAUCUUGAUCCAGCACCGAUUAUGCAACCUGCAGUAAUAACAAAAGACAUGAUAGAGGCUCUAUAUAGUAAUAAUGUCGAUGAGCAGGUUGCAGCAACUCAAAAAUUUAGAAAACUUUUAUCAAGAGAGCCUCAUCCACCCAUAGAUGAAGUAAUUCAAACAGGAAUUGUUCCCCGGUUUGUAGAAUUUUUGAAAAAUGAUUCGAAUUGUACGUUGCAAUUUGAAGCAGCAUGGGCAUUGACGAAUAUUGCAAGUGGAACUUCACCGCAAACACAUAUGGUGAUUGAAGCAGGAGCAGUUCCUACAUUUAUCACAUUGUUGAGUUCACCCUAUGAAGAUGUACAAGAACAGGCCGUAUGGGCCUUAGGCAAUAUUGCUGGAGAUAGUCCAGACUGUAGGGAUCACAUACUCAAUAGUGGUAUUUUACCACCACUUCUUCAGCUUUUAUCUAAGACUACUCGGCUCUCUAUGACUCGUAAUGCUGUCUGGGCACUUUCGAAUCUUUGCCGUGGAAAAAAUCCAGCCCCAUCCUUCCAGAAAGUGUCUCCAUGUCUACCAGUACUUGCUCAUCUUCUAAACCAUACAGAUUUUGAUGUUCUUGCUGACACUUGCUGGGCACUUUCGUAUCUCAGUGAUGGUCCAAAUCAUAAAAUUCAAGCAGUUAUUGAUGCAGGUGUUUGCCGACGUCUUGUUGAAUUACUUAUGCAUGAACAGCAUAAUGUAGUUAGUGCAGCAUUAAGAGCAGUUGGUAAUAUUGUAACUGGUGAUGAUGUGCAAACUCAAGUUGUCCUGAACUGUUCAGUACUACCGUGUCUUCUUCAUUUAAUGAGUUCUUUGAAAGAGAGUAUAAAGAAGGAAGCUUGUUGGGCUGUUUCAAAUAUUACUGCUGGAAAUCCUCAGCAAAUUCAAGCUGUUAUUGAUGCUAAUAUAUUUCCCGUAUUGAUUGAUAUUCUCGGUAAAGCUGAAUUCAAAACUCGCAAAGAGGCUACCUGGGCAAUAACGAAUGCAACAAGUGGUGGUACUCCCGAUCAAAUUCGUUAUUUAGUACUUCAAGGAUGUAUUCCACCUCUUUGUGAUUUGUUAACGGUUAUGGAUCCUAAAAUUGUUCAAGUUGCAUUAAAUGGUUUGGAAAAUAUUCUCAGACUUGGAGAACAAGAUGCCAGCAUUCAUAACGGUAUUAAUCCUUACACGGUUAUAAUUGAAGAAUGUUAUGGCCUAGAUAAAAUAGAAUUUUUGCAAUCCCAUCAAAAUAUGGAGAUUUAUCAAAAGGCUUUCGAUAUAAUCGAACGUUACUUUGGUUCAGAAGAAGAAGAUACAAGAAUUGCUCCUUCAGUUGACACUCAAGCCCAACAAUUUCAGUUUGACUCUCCCGAUUCAGCACAAUUGCCUGUUCAAAACUUUCAAUUUUAGUUUUGCACGAGCAUGAUUUUUAAUCAUAACAUAAUUAAUACGCUAAUGUUGAUAAGAUCUUAAAAAAAGAGUUCAAACCUUCCUAAAAAAUUCAAUAAAUUUAGAGCAAAAUGUAGAGAAGGUCUAUUUGGACUUUAAAAAAAGUGAUAAGAUACAUCGGGGAUCAUUAUUUCAACAAUUAUUUUCUCAUUGAAGUACUUAAAAUAUUCGAUGAGAAACAAAAUCAACAAAUUGGUAACAGCUGUCAAUAGUACCCUGAUAUUCUUAAUUUAUUGCAAUGUCAAAUGUUAUUUUUAAUUAAUCAGCUCUAUACUGGUUUUUUUCUAAUCGUCAUAGCCAAAAUUUAUAUUAUAUUGUAUAGAAUAUACAAUAAUAUAAUUACUGUUUUUUAGACGUAAAUGUGUCCUGUUAUGAUUGUAUCAUAAGAUUUUUAAUUUGUUUAUCAUGAUUUAAAUCUAUGAAAAAAAAUUAUACAAAAACAUGAAAAUUGAGGUUUACAUAUUUAGAGCUUAAAAAGAGUCUCGACAGAAUAAGUUAAAAAAAAUAUUAAAAAUAAGAUUAGUAAUAACAGUGAAAACAUAAUGUCGCAUCAAAUUUUGGAUAAAUAAUAAUUGUUUAAAGAAUUUAUUAGAACUGUUCAUUAAUAACUUAUAACACCUCAGAGGCUUCUUCACUGAAUUUUUUAAGACGUACGAAUCGGCAUAAAGAAAAUAAACUAGACCAUCAAACUUGUACGUGACCAAUUUCAAAGUUUUUUACUAAAAUGCGGAGCCAGUGAUUUAACUAAACAACCUUUUAUAUUGAAUGUCAUUGCAAAAUGUAUAAUUUAAUUAUUCAAAAACUUUUAUAUAAUUUUUUAUUGUUUUUUGUAUAACGAUUAUUUAUUUCAGCAUGUUUUUCAACAGAAAAAAUAAAAUGUCAAACCAUCAUACUUCAUAAUAUUGAUUUGACAUUCUUUAUAAAAGGUUUGUAACUGUAUAAAUGUAUUAUUUAGAUUUUGACGAUAUUACUAACUUUACUGUAUGUAAAGAAGAAGUCUAAUCAUAAUAUGUCAUUUAGUUGAUCUAGUGCGACAGAGAAAUAUGAAAAAACAUUUCAGUAAAGAAUUUAUAUAAAUACAAUACUGACGAUAAUAACUCUCAUUGCCAGUUUAUGUAGAAGAUAUAUAAAUAUUUUAUAAAUUUAAUCGAAUUAAGUAUUAAACGUUACUUUGCUAGUUAAGAAAAUUGUGUAAUCUAUUUAGUAGUGUUGCAAUUUGUGAUAUGAAUUAAUCACAUAAUUAAAUUUUAAGAUAAAUUUUUUUAAUAAAAAUUAUAUACCAUCAACUUUUACAACAUUAUAUAUUCGAAACAAUAUGACUUUGAUGAUAAAUUAAUGAAUAUUGUUUCCAAAUUUAAUUAUUUUUGUAGCUUAAACAAUUGUUAUAAUAUUUUUUUAUCUAUUUGAAUACGAAUUUAAUAAUUAAACAAUUAUUUUAGUAAAAAGAACUGUAAAUACAAAGCAUAAAUUGGCAAUGAAUUUGGUUUAUACAAUAAAACAAUAAAUGAAUAAUGUGAAACAAUACGGGGACUGUUGACUGUGUUACAUCAAACAAAUUAUUAAUUCCCAAUAACUCAAUAAUUAUUUCUACAAACAAAUAGGGAACAUGAUACAACACUUGAGUCAAUAACUCGACGCUUUAUUUUCAUAAAAGAUUCAUAGAUAAAAGAAUUUAUUGUUAAAAAUAAAACUCAAGCAAUCCUCGUA